UUUCACUUCCAGUUAACCAUUUUGUUCUUGAGCUCAGCAGAUUGAUUUUUUUUUACGCUAUCAUAUUAUUUUUUCACCAUUACAUUCUGUGACUGUAAUUCGUGAAAUUUUUUUGCUGUCUAACUUGAAAAUAGUCGAAUUCGCCUACAAAUACUCAAUACAAUCUUCAGAACUACUCUACAGGUGUUGAGUGAAAAAGCUGAUUACAAAGCGUGUUCUCAAUCAUGGCCAGCUAUAACAAUCAACAAGCCCAAAAUGCAUUUAAAAAUGAUGGCUCAUUCCUAGAAAUAUAUCAACGUUUUCAACAACAACAGCAGCAAAAAGCCAAAUUGGCAGAACUUCCAAUACUUGAUGUACAAGUAUCUCAAACUUCUUCUGCCUCUUCUGCUGCUACUAACUGUUCUAUUGUUACUACUACUACUACUACUUCGGCAGUUAUCUCUGAAAAACGAUCUGAAACUCUUAAAACUUUACCAAUAAUUGGCAAACGUAAAAAUAAAGCGUUAAAAACAGGUGUGGUUAAAAAAGUUAAAGUGGACGAUGAAAAAAAAUUAUCUAAGCCCACAGAUGCUUGGUCAUUGUAUUUAGAUGAAGUUAAACGUUACCAAGAAACAGUGGGAGAACAGGAUAAUAAGACUAGACCUCUUGUAAAAUAACUGAUCACAAAAUCCUACUGUAUAAAUAAUAUUUGUAAAUAAAUACCAUACUUUUGCAAUAAAAUACAAUCUAAUAAUAUGUUUAUGUUCAAUCAGAAAUAAUUACUUACUAAAGUUGUUAAACAAUUUUUGACAGGAUUGCUUUGAUUGUUAUUUUUCUUAAAUAAGUUAUAAAAUUAUAUAAGUGUACAACAUAUUAAUUAAACUAGGUUCUUUGUUUUUAAGCUAUUAAAUGUAUAUUUACUUUAAAAAUGUAUGUGCAUUUUAUGUUUUUACUAUUGUUUUAAAGUUUUAUUUUACAUUUAGUGUAUUUAAUUAAUAAUUUAUAUUUUAGAUAUGUAAUAAAAUAUGCUGGUAUUAUAUUUUAAGCUUAUAUUAAAAAUCCUCUAUUAUAUAUUAUUUUUGAAUUAUUGUAAUGAACUCUAGUUUUUAUGUACAUUUUCAAUGAUAUUAUACCAGUUAUAAAAUAAAUAGUUAAUUUACUUAAUUUUUCUCAUAGUAUAUUUUCAGAAUUAUAUAAUAAAACAAAACCUUUAUGGCGAAAAUUAAUGAGAUUUUAAGGUUUAUCUGCGAACAAGGUUUCAUUGUAUCCUUAAAACUAUGUACCUAGUUAAUUGAAUAAUAAUAUUUUAUUUCAGAGGAAGAAAUUGAAAAUAAUAGAGUACUAACAAUAGUUUAAAUAAUACAAGCUUUAAGUUUAUAUGUACACAGCUCAUUUUAAAAUAACAGUUUUCAUUAUUAUUAUUUUUCUUUUAAUUAUUAUAUUUAUUAUGAUAACUACUCAAUUAAAUUCUAAUUUUUAAUAAAAACUUUAAUUUAUCAUAUUUAUUGAUUACUGAUAAAUAAAGAACAAGUCAUUGGUUAAAAGAAAAAUAGAAGUAAUUUUUUAUGUUAAAAUAUAUCAAAUAAAAAUAUUGAAUUAGUGCAGUUAAAAGUAAAAUAGUAUAAUUUAAGUCUAUUUGAUUUUUAUCAUACAAUUAUAUUUAAAAUAAUAAUUAAAUACAAAAUUUAGGUAUAUUAUAAUUAAAAAAAAAAAAAACAUUUUAGGCUUUAUUUUUAUACAUAUGAUUGUUAAAAAAAAAAAAUUCAACUGAUUGUCUUUUUAUUAAGCAAUAUUUAAUUCAUUUUUUUAACAUUAAUCCGUUGAAUUCAUUUAUUCUUUUAAUAAAUUUAAAAUGUAUUCUAUCCAGAAUAUUAUAAUUUUUAUUAAAUGUUCAAAAAAUUUACCUCUUCAAAAAAAUAAAUAUUUUUUAAUUUUUAUUUUUUUAGCAUAUUCAAAUCACAAUGGUUCUUGAAGUAGAAGGAAUCAAACUUGAGACUGCACCAUGGGAUCCUCGUUUCCCAAAUACCAAUCAAA